CCAAACCAACCAGGCGGCGCUCCCAUUCACGUCACAUCUGCUCACGCGCGUUAAACCGGACGCACGCCGAGCAUCUGUGCAAUGCAACACCGCCAUCUAUGGAUGUGAGCUCCGUGUCGCUCGCGUGCAUCGCGCCGGUGCCUGUGCGCGUCCCGAAGCCGCCGCCAGAACGCGCCUGAUCGCGCCUGUCAUCUGGAGGAAACCCCUCCCUGCAGAGCAGCGCGUCCCGUCGCAUUUCCAGCGCAAUGGUCUCCUGGAUCAUCUCUAGACUUGUGGUAAUUGUUUUUGGGACUUUAUAUCCGGCGUACUACUCUUAUAAAGCUGUGAAGUCAAAAGAUGUGAAAGAAUACGUGAAAUGGAUGAUGUACUGGAUCAUAUUUGCCCUAUUCACUGCUGUGGAAGUGUUUACGGAUAUGUUUCUUUGUUGGAUUCCUUUCUACUAUGAACUGAAGAUAGCCUUUGUGGUGUGGCUGCUGUCCCCUUACACUAAAGGCUCCAGUGUGCUAUACAGGAAAUUAGUUCAUCCCACGCUUUCCUCAAAAGAAAAGGACAUCGAUGAGUAUAUCUGCCAAGCAAAGGACAAAAGCUAUGACACACUUGUGCAUUUUGGGAGGAAGGGGCUGAAUGUUGCUGCGUCAGCUGCAGUUAUGGCUGCAACAAAGAGCCAAGGGGUCCUGUCGGAUCGCCUGAGGAGUUUCAGCAUGCAGGAUCUGUCCUCCUACCAGUCGGACCCCGUGAACACCGGCCCCACGCAGCCCGCUGCAGCACCGCAACGGACCAGGUCUAUGAUGCGCAGCAAGUCGGAGAGCUGCAACAAGGGACAGGAUUUUGACAUGACUGAGUAUGAGAUGUUGGGUUUGGAACAGUGGGACUCCAAGUGCCCGCUGUCCCAGACAAUUUUACCUUCGGAGUCUGAAUCCACCGUAAUGCCCUCACUGACACCGCAGUCCUCCCCACCUGCCACACCCUCUCCACCUGCCUCCCCUCCGGCUCCGGAGCAUCCCGUGGAGGUGGGGAAAGAGGUACAGGCAGCAUCAAGCUCGCCACAGCUCAGGCUGUUUAAGAAGAAGGCUCCUGAGCCUCCUCUUAGAGUCUUAAGGCCUCUCACAAGAUCCAGAAGUGCUCGUUCUACGAACAAUGAAGCCAUGUGAAACUGUCCUAGAGACUACUCCAGCUGCCUUUGCUGCAAGAAGUAAAAAUACUAAAUGGCCAAAAGCGACAUGACUAAAGCAGCCUUGCUUUGGAAUAAGGUAUUACCAAAGUGACCUAAGAUGACCCCUCUAUUUAUCGUGUAUGUCAUGAUUAAAAACACAACAUUUGUGACAUUGAGAUAGUACGAUUGAAUGGGCUCUAUGCUGAUAGACAUUUUGAGUUUUCAGGUUAUUGAAAAUGUAUUUAUGUACAGUUUUUGUGCACUCCAUCUUUCUGAUUUGAUUGUUUUUAUAUGUCAGGUUUGGGUAGGCAAUUGCAUGUGUGUCUUCCCAUUUUAGUACGCUGUUUACUUAACAGAAUGUACUAUUGCUGAAUAAUUAAGCAGGCAAUGAGAGUGACGAGGUCGCUCUUAAAGAAUAGGUUAAAAGCCAAGGAUCAAAAGAAAAGGCUUUUUUUUACCCCAUUUAUUAUCAAGAAACCUCUGUGAGCAGCUGAAUUCUGCACUGAUUAUUUGAUCACAUCAAGGUAUCCAGGAAUCACCCAAAAAACUAUUCCAAGAUGAGACAACCUAACUUUUUAAUAAAGAAAAGUCAGUCAGCAGCGGCAGAUACUAUUCUGUUAUUUACCUCUAUUAAAGCCUUAAAGAAAAGACAUCAAAAUACAAAAUGUCUCAAAUCAUAAAAUAAGUAUUUUUUAUCAAAUUAUGUUCACAUUAAACAAUCAUGUUGCACUAUGAAUAGAAUAUGAAGUCGUUUUCCUUAAUACUCGGAAAUAGCUAAAAAAAACCAAUAGUAGCAAAAUAGUAUUACAAAUAAUUGUAUUAUCAUUGCUUAUUUCUUCUGUGUUCAAGUAAUAACUAUUCUGUAAUGAGUAAUAGCAUUUGCAUCGCAACUGUAGGUUUCCUUAGUUUGGACAAUCCACUUUUCUGUUUGUCUAGCACAUUUUGUCAUUUAAACGACAAAUUAAGGCCAAUUAGUAAAAAGUUCUGUUCAGCUGUAGCAGAAAAUGAUAUAACAUGAGUUUUUAAUUUGCAUAGCAUUAGACUUCGUUUUAAUUAUGUUCUUAAUUCACUGAGCCUCAAUAGAACCAAUUUACAAAAAGUAUCACUGUGUUGGACAGAAUUAUAAUUUUCAUCAUAGUAUCUGGAUCAAUAUGGGUUAUUUGAAGUUUUAAACAAAAGCUUCUCAGGUACAACUGCUGUUUACACGUCAUUCACUCUGAUGUUGUAGAUACACUUGUUAUGCACAUAAAAUGUCCUUUUAUUGGUAAAAACCUUAAAGGAAAGGUCAGAUUGUGUUCCAACGUGAGUAGUGUUAUUGCAGGUUUUCUUCUACUAAAAGUCAUGCAAAGUAAAAGAAAAAAAACACAUGUUGCUAAGUAGCAGAUAUGUAUACUUGUGUGUAGACUAAGUCAAUACUGCAUGAUGUUUGAUAUUAAUUUGUAUGAAUCUUUUUUUUCUCUUAAGAGGCCUUUCUGGUGAAUUUAGCAUUUUUGGUUGCUUUGAAGAAAGAAUAUGAGAUGUAAUCACUAUACACACUUUGGCUAUACAUAUAAAGUCUUAUUAACUGAUAAAUUAGCCACUUAGACUUUAUUCAUGAGGAGGUCCCUCUUAAAUUACCCAAACGUUUCUUUCUGGCAGGCCAGAAUAUCAAAUUGCUUAAAUUUCAACUUGAUUGUGAAAUAAAUAAAAUGGUGAGAUGAUGGUCGAUUUAUGUAUUAUUGUUCUGGGUUUAAUAUUAUAUUUGUUAAAUCAAGCCAUUAAAUAUUAAGCAAACUUUUA